AAUUGCCAGUUCAGAGGGAAGAUCUCACAUUUGGACUAGACAACCAACUUAAAACGUUUUAUCACUUUGAUUAAUUCAAAACAUUAUUGUGAUUUAUAUUUUUCUAUCAAAUGUUACAACAAUCUAAGAUCUGAGUACAACGCGCAUGCGCGACUGAAGGGAAGAUUUGGUUACACAAUCAGCAUCAUAUUCACAUUACUGGAUAGCUUGAAUAUCCGGUGAAUGAAUUAAAAGAUAAUUUUGAAGAAAGGUAUAAUGUGACUUUUCAAGCGCAUAAUAAUAUAAAAGCCGAUUACAACGUAAUAUUUCUGUACAGGAAUUAGAGUGAUAUGCAAAAAAUAAACUUAUAAUGUGCAUUGUGUCAAUAUUUGGAAUAUAUUAAACAAUGUGUGAAACUCUAAUUGCAUUCUUUAUGCAGAUGUCUAAAACACUAUCGGAUUAAACGAUCUCUUCGAACAACGAAUUGUCUUACGUGCUUUCAACAAAAAGGAGACGAGUGUUUAAAGUUCUACAUUGUCACACGGACUAAAUACAGAUAGGCGUUCGUGUCCAUGUAAACAUUAAAUACAAAACUGGACAGACAUUCUGGUGUCCAUGGGUGUGAAUAAUUCAACAUCUUCAAUUGAUGAUACAGCCACGAUUUAUUUUAUAGUGCAGACGCUUGUGUGACAUUCAUUGGACAAACCUUUAAACUCGAGAGUUCAUAUACUAAAGACAUUCGUGUGAAAGAGGAUCAUUCGAAAACGAUUUCCAAAACGAGUGGAGUUAUAUCAGAUGUUGUUUAUGUUUUUUUGCGAUUUUAUUGCAAAUUGAUAACAACUGUGAAUAGAUUAUCAAAUUAGGAGAUAUAAAAGUAUAAAUUCACGUUUGAUCGUCGCACGGAACGUUGGCUACAUAGUGAAAAUACGUUUAAUAAAUGUUUUAAUGGACUCGCAUACACUUUGAAGGGAGAUACAGAAAAUAAAGAUUACGAAUAGGAAACUGAUUACGGGACACAUGGAUUAAAAGUUGCUAAAGUUUAGAAUAUUUGAAGAGAACGGAAAUAAGUUGAAAUAAAAUAAAGAUAAAUUGUGAAUAUUCGGAUAUAUGUUGAUUCGGAUAUACUUCAGUUACUCGGGACACGAAGAAAGGGACUUAUUUACAGAGAAUACGAACAGAGGCUUAACGAUAUCAUAAGUAAAUGAAACAAAACGGUGCUGCAUAAGAAAAAAUUAAUGUCAUAAAUGUUGACGUUUUUAAUGCCAUAGUUAAGAACUGCUCUAAUAAACUAUCUCUACUCAGACUUUCUGAGUUGGAUCAAAACAUUGACAAUUGACGUAAUAAGUACUCUAUCUCUAAGAGCUGAAUGUGAAAAAAGGAGAUUGGAAAGAUAAUAGACUCGCGUAUUGCGUUUUUACGUUAUUCUUGUCAUUACAAAGCGGAAUUUUUAAGUGUUUUCUGAGCACCUCUUAAACAUACAGACACCGACACAUGCGUCCUUCAUGUCUCAAACUGUAUUCAUUUAUCAUUGGAAAUAUUGUGCUCAGAUUAUAAUAAAGAGCUAUAUUUGACCGAACCCAUCUGAAUAAAACAUCGGUGGCAAAGUCUUCGAUUUCAAUAGAUAUUGUCAGCUGUUAGAAAUAUCAAUGGAAAACCCGUGAACCUACUGCGCAUUGAGGUGACAAUUUUUCUAUUAUACGGAACACUUGAAAAGGACGAAUAUUAAUUAAUUGAUUCGGACAAUUCUAUAGCUGAACUCGUGCGUUGGGACAUUGGGACAUUUGAUUCGAUAUUCCAUGAUCAAAUUAAAGACGACCCUCUAAUUGUGAACACCAAAGGACACUAUAAAACGCCGGAGGCAAAAGUUCACACACAAUCUUGGUUUAUAGGACAUUACCGAGCAUAACAUUUCAGUUCAGUUGGAUAACACAUCAUUGACAAAUACUGAGUGUGGAUAUUGACGGCGGUCUGUCCAGUUCAUUUUCUGUGCGAAUAAAAUAUCACAUUUUACAAUUAAUACAUUCGGAUACAUUUCACUAGCAGAUACAACAACUUAGUGGUUUGGGAUAUACAGUCCAGUUUGUUUCUUUAGUGACGGAUCAGAAAAUAACGAAAAUGAGGGUCCGAGGAGUAUUUAUUGUGUUUUUCAUCAUGGAAUUCCAAAUGCAGAUUCCCGUUACCAUGUUACCGGCAAGCCAAGAUGGUGGACGUAAUGACCUUGUGUUUACAGAUUCGAUAAAUGGCGUUGACACUGAUAACCGUACAGGCGGCACCAUAGUCACUAUUUUCGCUUCAAAUAGAUUCAACAAAGACGCUCACCCUCGCCAAUUCAUUGAAUCAAGUACAGAUGCAAAGAAACAUGGCUUUAGCGAAGACUUUAUCGCAGCUAAACCGGUUCAUUCGACCAAAUUGAAUGACGACACUAAUCAAGCGCGACCACGGGACCUACCCGAUUUCAAAAGAUUUGAUAGUUUUAAAGGAUUAAACCAGGUUUUAAGUACAAAUCAAAUUAAUUCCCGCAUUGAUCCUGCUUUAGAUGAUAUAAAUCGCAUAAAAGAGGAUUUGGCAAGAGCUAAUUUCAAGUUAAAGCAGAUACAUUCGCAACGUGUGAACUUAUCGACUAAUCUUAAAAAUAAGGAAAAUAUUAUGGUUACGGACAAUACCAGGGUACUUGUGGACAGUCCAAUAAUUGCAGAUGGUGAUGAUAAUACGAACAAUAAAGACAAAUUGAUAACAUCUCCCGAUCAAAAACAAUCCCAAAAUACACAGGCGCCGACCGAGUAUGGACAAAAUCAUAGAGAUAAAAUUGAUUCCUUUGCAAAUAAUACUGGGAGCAUGUACACUGAUGGCAUUGUUUGGUCGUCGAAACUGCUAUCAAAGUGUCCAAGUGGAUUGUCUCAAAACGAAUACCAGAUGUGGCGAAAUGAAUUGAAAAGUCUUAGAGUUGUAAAAAUCGAAAAAGGUUGUGGCAGCUUGCAGAAUAGAUUAAUAACAUUCAACGAUUCGAGUAAGGCGUGUGUGAGGUAUAGACUAAACAAUGAUCAAAUGCAGGGUGAAAUUUAUUCAUAUUACCUCGGUCGAUUGCUGAAAAUGGGCUAUACCCCACCCACUAUUCUGCAUACAAUGAACAAUAGCGAACAAUGGACCGAAGUCAAGGGGGCUAUUAUCACGGCCAACUGGUCAGAAAAACGGCCCAUAGUUGUGACAAAAUGGGUUGAUUCACUUGAACCCGUUUUUAUGCCAAAUAAAUUAAAAGACUCUAAGGUAAAAUUAGACGAAAGAAAUUAUCCGUUUCAAGAAAUCAGUUUACAAGAGGCAUGUGAUUUAGUGCAGUGGUCUGAUUUAAUUGUAUUUGAUUAUAUAUCUUCGAACCUCGAUCGGGUGGUUAAUAAUAUGUUCAACUUGCAAUGGAACCCAAGAAUGUUGGACAAACCGAUACAUAAUUUAGAAAAGAGUGCAAAAACCGGACAGUACGUAUUUUUGGACAAUGAAUCCGGGUUAUUUCAUGGUUAUCGGCUGGUUGACACUUACGAAAUAUAUCAUGAGCAGUUAUUGUCGUCUGUCUGUAUUUUCAAACAGACGACCCUUGAUCGUCUGCAAGAUUUACUCAUUUCCGGUUCAGCAGGAGACAAGUUGCAAUCACUGUACGAAACCAACGAAGAGUUCAGCAAUCUACUUCCAAAGAUGACAAGCAAAAAUAAAAAGAUCUUACAAACAAGAAUUGAGAAAGUUCUAAAACAUGUACAAAUGUGUAAACAUGAAGUAAGAAAGUCAUGAAAGUAUAUGUCCCAUUAAUCAUGAAAAAAAUACGGUUAUCAUGUUCGAAGCACGUGUUAUUCGUGGAAAGUUCUCAAGAACAUGCCAAAACGCUCGGACAGACGGCUGCAACUUUGACUCAUGUUCUGGAAAGCAAAUGCAAUAUAUAAUUAUGAUCAUUAUCAUUCAAAAAUGACAAUGUCGAUAGCAAUAUCAUUAAUUAAUUAUGGUGUUUAUGCUAGAGAGACACGAAAGAAGAAAUUUGUUUAUGGUCAAAACACGUGCCAGACACGUGAAGUACCCGGAACUGACAAAGAAUGGGGAAGAAUGAACAGUGACUAUUAAAUAUGAAUGAUAGUUUCUGUGACCAUUGGUUAAGCUGAUCAAUUUUGUUCUCAAUUCUUAAAAAAAUGCUUACUUCCGAAAAGCAUAAUGAAGUUACAGGAACACACGUCAGAAAACUGCAGAUGAGACAUUCAUGUUUAAGAAUAUAAAGACAGCCACAUCAAAGACUCUGACAUACAAACGAAGUCAGAGACAUAUACAUCUACUCUUUAAAGCAUGCAUGUAAUAUCUUUCAUUGAAGUGCAUGAUUAAUGUCAGAGGAAUGAUUUCAUACGCAAUUGUUACUCAUAAUCCAUGGCGGACAUCAAGAAUGCAGGAAACUCCCAAAACUGGUGAAACUAUUAAAUAAAACCACAAAAAAGUGAAAUGAAGAGGAAAAUGUGUGAAUGACUGCAGAACGGGCUCGGGUUACCACAGUCUAUCACUAUACUGGUGAGAUGUCAGCGGGAAAUUGAAAUACAAAACAACUUCCUAUUUAGAUAAAUGGACACACAACCAAGGUGAUGAUUUCUCCCAGAAUGACGCUAAAAUUGAUCAUGUUAUAAUAAAUGGUCUUGUAUUGAAAGAUGUGGGGAUUCGAUUUAAUGCGAAAGUAUUCCUUUUGAGUAUGUACAAUCUUUUAAGAACGUGGUUGCGCUCACAGGGGUCGCAAAGGACACCAGGGCCAAUGACUGCCCUCCUGGAUGUACAGACGACAUUAAUCAACGUCAUCGAAGGUCCUCCUGGGACCUCCAGACGACAUUAGGAGAGCAGUAAUUUCUGUGAUAAACAAGAAUAGGUUUUGGAGAACUGAAAGUGGUACAGUGCAGUGUUUACAGUACUUUCGAAUGCUUUAAUACCUCAAUGAAAACUUGUCCUCAAUAUCCAUUAUUUGGUAGUCAUAAUGUUUGUUUUCAUUUCUCUCUGUAUAUGUAUUUUAUCCACGCUUUCUCUGAUGAUCAGGGCUGAAAUUCAACUUUGUUCUUAAUUAGAUCAAAGAAUGAUGUAGCUAAUCGGAUUUCCUAUUUUCAUAUCUGACCAAUAAAGUGAAUGAAGUCAAUGCUGUAUGACGCUAAGAUUAACUUCAGUUGCAUAUUGAAUACCAUCAAAGAUGCUUAUAUCCAUAAAGUUGUCACGAUGAAAUACAUUAUUUACAAUGUAUGAUGUAUUUGUGAAGUAAACGCUGUUUAUAUUAUCAUUGUUAUAGUAUUGUGAGUAAUUCGGUUAAAACAUGCUUACCAGCUUCACCAUACGUGCAUUAAUAAGUACAUAUACAUGUCAUCAUUGAUACAUUCUUCAAACAGAUUUAUUAUACAUGACGUGUCUUUUAUACGUUUUUAAACAAAUGUAAUGUAUGUCAUCAACUACUGUUUUAGAAACACAAUCAGACAAUAACUUUUGCAUGUUCAUUGUUUAUAUUUGAUGAAUUAAAACAAUAAUGGGCGAGCUCCUUUGUUCUUAACCUACUGCUACAUCAAAACCAAAUGACUCAUAGGAUUUAAUGAAUGUGGAUAAUUAGGCCGUACACACGAAAAUAUUAGUUUACGGUAACCUGACUGAACAAUAGAUUAAAAAAUUGUUGUUGUUUUUUUUUUAAUUUGUAUUGUUAAAUUGAAUUAUAUGUUUUACGGUGGUUUAUAGGGAUUUAUCAGUGAACUUAUAUUGAUAUUCAACUAUAUCAAUCUGAUAUUUUUCACUGUUUUCAUUUUAAGCCCGUUUUUACAUUCAAAUCAAAUUUCAGCACGCACAGAGCUUGGAUGUCACUACGUUCUCAUACAUUUGGGCGCGCUUUUCUUAAAAACAUAGUUAAAUUUUAUUUUGUUUCAUUUUAGGCAUAUGAUAAAAAAAUAUAUUUUAGCAUUGAAACUAUUUGGGGAUUAACUGUGCUUGCCCUAAUUUGACUUCAACGUUUCAACAAAACUCACUAUUAAACUCCUUCCUUAGAUUUUUGUUCCAAGAUUCAUUUUAUUAAAUGUGGUCAAUCUUUUUUUACACAACAUGUGUUGUUUUGCGCGGCGAUGUAAAGCAAUUAGAUCUAUCAAUGUGGGAAGUGUGUUUGUAUAUCUUAACAAGAAACGCGGGUGAUUUUUAUUACAGUCAUGUACCAAAUUGCAGAUUGUAUUAAAAUACAAGAAAUAUUGUCAUAUGUGAAACAAGAAAUGGGAUACGUGCAAUAAAAUAAUUACAA